AAGCUCGCUGUCAGAAGUUGUCCUGUGGGGACGGCCGCCAAACCCCUCGCCCUCAUCAAGCCGCCCAGCCAGAGCAUCGCCAUCUCUGUGGUGCCAGCAAAGACUCCCGUUUCCAUGGUGACGGCACACAUUAAUGGACAAAAGGCGUUGAGUUCUGAGAUGCUCCAGACGUCCCCCAUGAACCUCCAAAUACCCGCCGGACAGCACAUCAACCGCUCACAGAUGUUGGGAGCCCUCACCGCGAUCCCGAUAAAGGUGCCUCACAUCAGCUCUCUGCAGCGGCUGGCAGGACACUCACCCAGUGUGCUACCUCAGGUUAGACCAAAGACUCUCAUUCCAGACAGCCUUCCCCACAGCCCAUGCCGAGAGCAGCAGUCCAGUCAAACGCUGGCCGUGUCGCAGAGCAUGGCUGUGGUCAGCCCAAAGAGCCAAGGCGCAUCUUUGCCAACUGCCAACAGCACCUUCAGUCAUGAGAGACUCUCCAACAGGCAGCAAGAGAGUUCCUCUUUGCUCUCGUCUGCGCCGAGCACAUCCACAGCCUCAGCAAGUCAAGGGGUGGCUUAUGCCAUCAUCUCAGCAGCUUCGCCUGCAGCCCAUGGGGUGUCAGGAGUAACCGAGGCCAUUAAGGUGCAACCGCUGAUUUUCAGCCCUGACAGCAAGGUUAUAAUCAUUCAGCCCCAGAUUCCCAGCAACUCCAAGAGUUCUCCGACCUCACAAACUAACAGUCCUGUGAAGGAGCCAAGCCCUCACCCCUCAACCCCAUCUAAAAACGAGGAGGAUCCAGAGAAAACUGCCUUCAUGGUCGCACUAGGCCUGGUCACCACAGAACACUUGGAAGAGAUCCAGACUAAACGGCAGGAGAGAAAAAGGCGAAGCACAGCUAACCCUGCGUACAGCGGACUGUUUGAACCAGAGCGCAAACGACUUGCCUCCAAUUACCUGAACAGUGCGAUGUUUCUGUCGGCGAGAGACUCUGAGGAGCUCUGCUGGAAGGAGGAGCAGCAGCAUGAUGAUCACUGUGCAGCGUGUAAACAAGAAGGAGAUCUUCAGCCGUGCCACACCUGUUCCCGCGCCUAUCACCCCGACUGCCUGCAUCCACCUCUCAAAACUGCCACCCGGGGCAUGUGGAUGUGCCCCAAGUGCCAGAAGAAAGUUUUGAACAAAGAGAACUUGUCUUGGCCACAGAACUUCAUCCAGUCAUAUGUUACACAUAAAACAGUGAGAGAGGAGGAACGCAGGAAGCUAAUGAGGAGAAACACUGAGCUGAAACUAGAGUGUGAACAUCUGAGUGAAGAGGACAAGAGACUCUACGAUUCUCUCUCUAAUUGCAUUGAGCUGAAGGAGCGUCUUUUGGGUCAGAAACGGGAGACUCAGACGUCCCUUGAGCAUCUCAAGACUCUGAUCCGACUCAUCCAGCGUGACCAGAUGAUCCAAGUAACUAUGACAGCCACCACCACCACCGGAGCAUCUCUGCUCUCGCUGCCGUGGAUCAAAGCCACGGGCAGCAGCACCACGGCACCCACCGCUGGCUCCUCCGCAGUACUGCACAAAACCACGCUUCAGCCGCAAGGCAACAACUGACCCUGAACCCACACAAACACCCAGAACAGCUCUCUCUACAAGACCACCGAACGUCUUUGUAAAGAGACACGGUGAUAUCUAACCAACGUGCAUUUCCUUCUGGUAACGUCUUACCAUGAAAUAAUGGGAAAAAAAAGAAAUUAUGAGCGUCACUCAAUUCAUAAGUAUUUUUUAAAGCCAACACACAGUGCUCACAAGAUUUUUUUUUUUAUUCACGUUUUUUUAAUGUAUUAUUUUUCUUGGCCUUAAUGUAUUUAUGACUAGAUUACGAUGCUGUUGCAAGUAUAUGAAAUAAGUAUUCUGCAUAGUUAGAAACAUUUCGUUUUAUGCUUUGCGUUUUUUACUGGGGUUUGGUGUGUUUGCGUAUCGGGGGGAAUAAUCGUUCGCAUUUAGUUAUUGAGAAGGUUAGCGUAGUUAUAGUUGAAGACAAG